ACAGAAUACACCUGUUAUCUUCCUCUGUCUCUCUCAGAUCAUCUCAUCCAUUUUUUCAGUGGUUUUGUUUUGUCCUAUUUUGUUGAUCUCUUCUUUUUCCUUUUCUUAUUUAAAUUAUCAUUAAAAAAAACCCUAUCUGAAACUCAGACCAAAAUAACAAGGAGAAGGAGAGAGCAAGAGAAAAAAAGUACAAAAUUCCCAAAAUAAAACUAGAAAGAAGGGAAAUAAAAGAAGCAAUCCCUGUGACUCCUCUCCUUAAAAUAAUCAAACACCUGAUUUCUUUUUUCCUUUUUUAAUUUUAAUGGUUUUCGUUUCAUCGUCUCAGCUUUCUUUUUCAGAUGCUUAAUUUUGCAUUCUUGGAUUGCUGAUUCUGCAAACUACAUUUUGUUGAUUUUGUAAUUUGAGGCUUGAAACAAGCGACACUCUGAUCUACAAGUUCCCGUAUUUCAGCAUUUUAUUCCUUUUUGAUCUACUUAUAUUGCCUAACAAGCACAUUAUAUGUGGUGCAUUUUCAUAUGUUGCAUGAGAGACUAUGCCAAUAAGAGAGAGUAGCAGCCACAAGUAUCUUAUGUCCUGAACCAGAGAAUUAUCGCCUUAUGAAUGCCAUACCGAAUUUCCUGGGGUAAAGACAUAGUGAACCAACUGCUUUCCUUAAACUGUCAACCUUUCAACUACUAUCAGACAUACGUAACCUGGGAAAGCUGGAUAACUCAGGAGCUUCAGAACUUAUUCUGUUUUAACUACCAGUCUGAUCUUGUGAUCCCUUUCGUAUUUUGACCUGAGAAAUGCGGAGCUUGAAUGGAGACUUGUUCUGAAAGUUGGAAUAGUAUUUAGUGUCUCAGACAUAUUUCUAGGUGGAAUAUAUCUUCCCUGAUGCAAGGUCAGGGGGGCACCAUUGACUCUUUCCCUGAAACUGUUAACAUUGAUGAGGGCUCUGGUCCCAAUGACACGAGCAUUGGUCAACCAAAUUCUUUGCACAACAUGCUGAAUCCUGUGGAAACUCGGUUAUCCAAUUAUGCAAUGUCUUCUAGUGGGAUGAUGCAUGGAAGCACUGUUACUCCCGAUGUUCAGAGUGUUAGUGGCUGGAGUUCUGGGGAACCGAGCUCUAGAUUGAGAAUUCAAAACCAGGUGAUGCACGAUGUUCUAAAUCACCAUCUUAAUGAUGAUGGAACAAAAAUAGAGCGUGGUUGGCCUUCUUAUGGUGCUCAUGUUGGGGCUGCUCCAAGGUCAGAAGAAAGGCGGAUUGAGCCAGCAAAUGUCAUUUUUCCUGGGAGACUGAAUAAUGGUCGAAGUGGCAAUCAGGUCCGAAGUGGGCCCAUAUUUUUACAAGGUUCAAGCUCUAAUCAUAGCCCACACAAUGUGAAUCUAAAUGAAGGGUUUAUUAGCAGCAGUGGUAAUUCAAGGUCGAGUGUGGGAACUGGUAUAGGUCUUAAUCUCCACAACUCAGUUGGACUAGAAAGAGAACAGAUUUCUAAUGCCAGUGUUUCUUCUGAUAAUGUUGGUAGUUCUUCUGGAAGCUCUAAUUAUAUGGGGGAGGAAAAUAAUGAUGGUUCUGGCACUUCUUUGGGCAGUUGGGGUUUAUCCUGCAAAAGGAAGGUUCUUGAAGGUACUUCUGGACAGUCUUAUUCUGCUGGUACUUCAAGCUGUUUUCAACAAAUUGAAAAUGCUGCUUGGCAUGCUGAUCCUGCUCGUAACGAUGCUUCUAGCAGCUUGAGUUUAUCGACACCCUCUUGGAAUCUCCUUAAUGUUAGUCCUCCUGAUCAGCCGAAUCCAAGAGUUGGGCUUGGUAUGAGAGGAGUAAUUAGUGAUGCAUUUCCUUCUACCUUAAGAAGAGCAAAUCCAGGAAACCAACAAGGACCUUUACCCCAUAGUUUAUCAUCAACUGGGGUUGCUGGGCAUUCUAGUUUCGGCUCUCCUGGUCGUUCUAGAGCUGCCCUGUUUGGUGACUCUCUAGACUUGAGAUCCACAGCUGCAAUAGCUGGAAAUUCUAGUUCUGCGUCGACUCAACCUCAUAUGAGGACCACUUCUGUUGUACCGAGAAAUGUAAAUCCUUUCCCUUGGAAUGGUACUUCUGGUUUAAGAGCUGCGAACCCAUCAAGUUCUACUAAUUUUGGAGAGAGAGCUGCUGCAUUACGGGAGGAACCAAAUAUAAGAAAUAUCCCUAGAAUCAAUGCAGAAAAUACCAUGUUUGUACCAGCAACUGAGAUGAGAAAUUUAGCACAAGAUCCAACAGGUUGGAAUUUGGCUUCUGGAAAUAUUAGUACUUCUGGAGACUUUUCAUCUACAAGUCGACCUGGGCCUAGUUCAAGCAUCCAUCCUUUGCCAACUCCUGCCUGGAUUCCUCCCCAAAACCCACCAAUUCAUAAUCAACAAAGACUAUCAGAAUUUGCUCCCUGGUCUUUAUUUCCUCCAAUUGAUUCUGAACCUGGUGGUCGUAGUGGCCAUUUUCCACCAUUGUCUUCAGGCCCUUCUGCUUCCUCACAAGAGACAAUGGUGCCAUCUGGAUCGAACAUCCAGGGUAACAAUCAACCAUACCCUAGGUCUGCAUUCAUAUUGGAGAGACAAGAUGAUGAUGUUCUUGGGAUGCCCCAUUCGUUGCGAGCUUUGGCUGCUGACAUCGAAGGGAGACACCGGCUAAUAUCUGAGAUACGCCAAGUCUUGAAUGCCAUGCGUAGGGGGGAGAAUUUACGAAUUGAGGAUUAUAUGGUGUUUGAUCCAUUCAUAUAUCAUGGUAUGGCUGAAACCCAUGACAGACAUAGAGAUAUGCGCCUUGAUGUUGAUAACAUGUCUUAUGAGGAAUUGUUGGCAUUAGAAGAACGCAUCGGAGAUGUGAGCACUGGACUGAACGAGGAAACCAUUCUGAAGCUGCUGAAACAGCAGAAGUACUCAUCCACCACAACGGAAUCCACACAAGAAUUGGAACCCUGCUGUAUCUGUCAGGAGGAAUAUGCAGAUGGGGAUGAGACUGGGACACUAGAUUGUGGACAUGACUUCCACACAAACUGCAUCAAACAGUGGUUAAUGCUAAAAAACCUGUGUCCCAUUUGUAAAACAACAGGCUUGCUCAAGUGAGAGCAAAGGCUGUUGUGAGAUCCAAUAAUAGGGUUGGGACUUGGGAUUAUAUAUAAAAUAUAUAUAUCUGAUUCAAACUGGCUUUUCUUGCCCUUGAUCUGUAACAUUCAAGGCGACGGAGCCGCUGUUAAGGUUACGAAUUGCAGGAUGAGUUUGUUGAAUAACUUGCAUAAAGCAUCAUGACGAUGAUAAACUAAUUUGAAAUAAUAUCUAUUUUAUGACAUUAUCAAA